GUCGGCUUUGAGAAACGGGGCUAAAGCGUAGUGUGUUGGCCCCCGGAGUGAGCCUGUGUAAAAAAUCGCACCCCCAAAAGACGCGUCCACGAGGAGCUUGACUGUGUUUCUUUUCGUCUGCUGCACCAUUGUCGUCUGCACCGUUUGUCGUCUGCGGGCAGGAUUACUACGUUCUUGAAGCAUCGUCUGCUGCAGAAGCCUGAAGUCGAGACAGACGACAGUACUCAAAAUGACGGAAUACGGCCUGACAGAGGAGCAAGUCGCAGAAUUCAAGGAGGCCUUCAUGCUGUUCGACAAGGACUCUGACGGCCGCAUUACGUCGUCAGAGCUGGGAAUCGUCAUGCGUUCUCUGGGACAGAGACCGACCGAGACAGAACUGCGGAACAUGGUCACACUCGUAGAUACAGACGGGAACGGGACGAUCGAGUUCAACGAGUUCCUGUUCAUGAUGUCCAAGAAGAUGAAGGAGACGGACAGCGAGGAGGAGCUGCGCGAGGCGUUCCGCGUGUUCGACAAGAACGGCGACGGCUUCAUCUCGGCCUCCGAGCUGCGGCACGUGAUGACCAACCUGGGCGAAAAGCUCACCGACGAGGAGGUCGAGGACAUGAUCCGAGAAGCGGACCUCGACGGAGACGGACUCGUUAACUACGACGAGUUCGUUACAAUCCUGACGGCUCCCAAGUGAGAGCCCGGGGCGCCCAGCCACGCAUCCCCUUCAGUGAGACGAAGAACAUCGACGCCCCAGCGCGCGCAUCUUCCAGUUUGGCAAUACACCACCGCGCCCUGCGGGACCGGUCGAACCAUCGAAGCAGUGAACAAUGCACUCCUUCCUCGCCCCGAAUACGCUACAGGCGCUGCCCCGGUGCGGAUCAACCGCGCACACCUCGACACCCUCCUUUGAACCUAUACAUAUAUCCACCCACCACCAUGUCUGUGCGAUAUCUUGGAGUUCACUUUUCAUUUAUUUAUUGAUUUGUUGCUGUUCAUAUUCUUUUGCCCUCCCUGAAAGGUGUAACGUUGCUCCCAUGCUAGCAUGCAGUACCCUCGUUAUCUAAGAGCCGAGUCGAAUUCUCGAGACAGCAAGGCGAUAAAUUAUACAUGUUUCGCUAAAUCGAAACUUUCGUUAUAUUGAAAGGGCUUAUUAACUAGGAACAUUAAGGAAAGCGAGAGUUCCGCGAUGAAACGUUUCAACAGCUACAGCGCCGUCUACUCGGCCCGCGAAGUCUCGCUGAAUCGAAACUACUGUUACAUCGAAAUUCGUUAAUCGGCAGACUUGAAAAACAGGUUUCUUUCGCGACAGAUGGACAGAUGUUCUGCAUCUUUAGUAACCGUUGAGUUGUGAAAAUAGUCAUUCGGCCACUACCUUAUUAUGAUUGUGCUUGUGCUCAAUUGUCUGAACCUCUACUGGCUUCACUCAAACAGUUCUAAAUUGCAAUUGUUCACAAUU